GCCUUCUUGCCCUGUCAUCCGCCACCCGACCUUUACGAUUUCGAUAAACCCAGGAGGAAUAUCACGACUGACGACAUCAUCCUCAUGCCAGCGUCUUUGAUAGAGCGGCCAAGACGGAUUACGGAGAUAGCCGUCUCGGCCAUGCUGGCUGCGGCUGGAAUGGUCGUAUUUAAGAUCCCGCAGGCGCUCUUCGAACUUUUGGGCAAGAUUUCUUUGUAUUCAUUUGUCUUAACUUUCCACCUGGCCUUCGUGAUCUACCACAGUACUAAACCAUCGGGUGACGACGCAAGAGGAUCUCGUAAGCCCGAGGAGCCAGCAGUGUCAACUCGCGAUUAUCGUUUCUCGUCGAUCAGGCUCCCGAGUAGUGCUCUUGGCGAAUUCGUCUCUUCCAACAAUGAGGGAGAUACCCCCUUUAUCGCUAACAUCCCCUAUCCACGUUCGAGAAGUUCGACUACCUCUUCCGAGAUUGCGAGGCACUCUUCGAGCAACACCUCUGUGGUAACGCUUGUCGAAACUGAUCCGUCGAAGGAAGCCGUAGAUGCCUACCCGACAACACUAACCCCCACUAGAAAGCAUGGCACCAUCUUUCCCGAUAGUGAAUGGGCCACCAUGAAUGCUACGCAGAUUCGCAGGAUUCGUCGGGCGGUAAAGCGCGUUAAAUACAAAGCAGAACACCAGCCGCCAUCCAGAGAUGUCAGAAGCAAGACAAAGAAGAAAGACAAAGAUGUCAUGGAAAACGACCGGGGACACGAACAGGAAAUCAGCAAGGAAGACGAACAAGACGAUGUCAAAGAAAGCCUUCUGAAGGACGACAAAGAUGACCAGAAAUACGUCGAGAGUUACGAUGAGGAUGCUAAGGACGACGACGAAGGCCUCAUGAAUGACGUUCCAGUGCACGAUAAGGAAGACGGCACGGAAGACGACGAUGAAGGCCUGGAAGGCCUUAUGGGUGACGUUCCAGUGCACGACAAGGAAGACGACACAGAAGACGACGAUGAACUUGAAGGCCUGGAAGGCCUCAUUGAUGACGUUUUAGUGCACGACAAAGGCAUCGAGGAAGAUAUUAUGAAACAAGAUGACGGAGGCGUCGAGGAACAAUUCGAGGGAGAGAACGAAGACAUGAAAGAAAAAGUCACAGAGGACGGCAACGUAUGCUUGGAGGAAAAUUUUAUGGAAGACGAUAAGAGCGGCGAAGAAGACAUGACGAAGAUCAUCAACGAAGGAGUCGAGGACAAUGCUGUGGUAUACGACAGCGAAGGUGUCGAUGAAGGUGUCAAAGAAUGCGAAUACGAAUGCAUCCAAGAUGACGUCCUAGAGGAGCAUAACGAGGUUGUCAUUGAUGGAGAUGACAACGAAGGUCAUACGAAAACCGCAGCAGAUGGCGCAUGCAAAUCCAUACAUUCAACGUACCACCGUGAUCUGCGUCAGCGGAACGACGUCAUCAUGAUUCCCUCGCUCAUCAAGGGCUGGCCCCCGGUCUUGCUAUCAGAACCCAUCAUGAAUGGGCUGGACCCUAUCGAUUUCAAGAUCAUGCAGUUGGAAUGCGAAUAUCACCUAUCCCGCGAGGAACCGCACAACGGCCGCUACGUUUGACGUAGAGUAUAAGAUCCUAUCGGUACCCUCGAACAUGCUGGAGAAGAUACGAUCGAAGUAGAUCUACGUUGAUGCCUAUUUAUUUGCGAAAUGUAUUUCUUGACGUAUAGUUGAUAUUUCCUUCUCCGAUCGAGCCUGUACAGUAUUCGCAGGAGAGCUGUCUCCGAGAUUGCACUUCUGUCGGUACAUUCGCCAUUGGGGUAUCUAAAAAAAGAGCUUCCUGCUCAACCUCUGUACGUCGCAACUUAAGAGAAUCAUUGCCAACAAACAAUCAUGGGUCUCGUGGUAGAUGAUCCGCACUAGUGGGCUCU